GCAAAUCAAUUAGUUACCUGCUAGCUACGAAUUCGAUAUGCUCGUAUUUAUUUGGUUUUGCUGUGUAUAUUUUAAUUUUCAAGAAACGGAAUCACUAUUCCCAGCUCAUUUAGAUUUACAAAAGAUAUCGCAGCUUACAUAUAAAGGUCAACAAUACAACGUUCUAAAGCCGACCGUCCACUACGUGAGAGAUCAUUUUGUAGAUUUCAUACAAAAAAGGAACAAUGAUGUAUUUCCUACCAAAAGAGUGUUUAUGGACAAAAACGGAUUCCGACAUUAUUGGGAAGGAAUGGAGCUGGAACCAGAGACAGGAAAUCUUCGAAAGAACAGCAACAGCACAUCUAAGACGAAUGUAGAAUCUUCAAAGGUUACAUUCACUACUAAAGCCAAAAUGCAACCUAGAAGGAAGAAGAAACGAAUUGCCGACAAAGAGGCCCCAACUUUAUAUGUCCCUAAGAUACUCAGAGGAACAACGGCUAAGAUCAGAACUACAUUUUUUUGUCCACAUUUUGGCGUUGUUACAAUGAUGACAAAUCUUGAAAACUUUGAGGAGUAAUUAUUGUUUUAUUUAUGUAACCUUAUGCCCCAGAAUGAAAGUCUGUUCUGGUAAUGUAUAGUCAUGUCAAAGAGCAUAUCAAAUAGCGUGGUUAGCAUCAAAUUGGACUUCGUCACCAUAUUAACAUAUAGCUAAGUGCUGGAAUGUUUCGGCAUACAGUACUCUGUGAUUGCUCGACAACUCCUUUAUAUGUAAAUAUUCUACUGCAUCUAUUUAGGAAAAUGCUUGACCUGAUUCAGUAUAUGCUAAGAUUUAUAUACUAUCUCUGUUAUGAAAUGAAAUGAAAUGAAAUUUUAUUUACUACGUUAUUAUUUACCUAUUAAUUUCUAAAGUGUUAUCUAGCAUCAAAACUAACUUUUUUUGGUGGUAUUCCAUAAACAAUGUAAUAUGAAUAUUUCCUUAAAAAGUACGCAUGCUCUUUAAGGACUAGUAACUUUUUAAUUCUCAUGCAAUGAUAUCGGUUAGUGCGUA